CUUAUCGUUCAAAUCCGGCCUUAUCACAUGCAGGGAGAAUUAACACUUUAUGUUUGCCUUGCUUUCCACGGUAGUGUGCAAAUUUUCGUGGUCACGUGGAAGGAAGCUCACUGUCGCCGGGCCCGCCGCGGGGUGCGCUGUGGCUAAGCACGCUCUCGCCCGAGAAUCGAAAUAACGCACCCCGUGUUUUAGAAGUAUAUCAGUAUGGCCGACUGCGCGUCAAGCCAUGUCUUCGUCGCACCACCAAGGAAGCGCUUCGGCGUGCGCCACCUGCAGGCGCUGCUCAUGGGCCUGGUGGUCUUCUUCGCCUACUCGCUGCGCACCAACCUGAGCGUGGCCAUCGUGGCCAUGAUCAGGCCCGGCUCCAACUCUUCGGCGGCCAAUGCCACUGCGGGCGCAAGCACACCCUAUCAGGUGUUCGACUGGGACGAGAGCACGCGCGGCGCGCUGCUCAGCGCCUUCUACUGGGGCUACACGGUGAGCAUGGUGCCGAGCGGCGAGCUGGCGCAGCGCCUGGGCGGCUCCCGCCUGCUCGCCGGCGCGCUCAUCGCCACCUCGGCCGCCACCAUGCUGCUGCCCUGGUGCGCAGACCUGGGCGGCUGGCAGGCCGUGUUCGCCAACCGCGUGGUGCAGGGCCUGGCGCAGGCGCCCGUCUUCCCCUGCGCCUUCACGCUGCUCGGGGUCUGGGCGCCGCCGCAGCAGCGCGUCACCUUCACCACCUUCGUGCUGGCCUGACCGUCUUGCAGUCCAGAUGCUGGGCCCGAUGUUGACGUCGCCGCUGUGCGGCCUCAUGGCUUCGGUGUGGGGCUGGCCGUCCAUCUUCUACUCGUUCGGCUUGGCCGGGGUGGUC